GCAAGUUGAUGCUCGUGCUAUAUCUACUUUGAAGAGGAGCAAAGUCAGCAGAUAGAUUCAAGGUUUAAAUCGAAAAUAAUCUGGGAUUUCAAGGGCUUGACUGUUCAAAUCAACAGAUUGGAGGGUAAAUUGAAGCUAAGAAGCGCAUGCAGAAGAUUUUGUCUUAUGGGAUGUGUUCUCUGUAUCUUCUCUUUUGUACGUGUUUCUGGCUUUACUGGCUUAUUCAAAUAUUCUCUGCGGCUUCACACGGUACGACAAGGCUUGGAAUUACCAUCGAAGGCGUCGUUUUAAUAAAUGGAACAACUUGUAUUGCAAGAAUAGAUGAUGAUUUUGUCUGUGCCACUUUGGAUUGGUGGCCUCCUGAGAAAUGUGACUAUGGAACAUGUGGCUGGGGCAGAACUUCUCUGCUGAAUCUAGACCUUAACAAUGUUAUAUUAAUGAAUGCCAUCAAAGCUUUUUCUCCCCUAAAAAUCAGAUUAGGGGGAACCUUACAAGACAAAGUCAUAUACGACACAGAAGGCAAUCCUCCACAAUGCAGCUCAUUUGUGAAAAACAACUCUGAGUUGCUAGGUUUCUCUCAAGGCUGCCUCCCUAUGUCUCGCUGGGAUGAACUCAACAUUUUCUUCAAAAAAGCCGGGGCUGUGGUUGUUUUUGGUCUAAAUGAACUAAGCGGCAAGACUGUAGAUUCACAAGGUUCUGCUAUAGGAGCUUGGAAUUCCAGUGAUGCCGAGUCACUUAUACGAUAUACUGUCAAUAAGGGUUACACUAUUCAUGGAUGGGAGCUUGGAAAUGAACUGAGUGGGAAUGGAGUUGGAACAAGGGUUCCAGCACAUCAAUAUGCAUCUGACAUAAACUCUCUCCAAAAUAUGGUGCAAAAUAUUUAUGCUGGUUUUGAACUUAAACCACUAGUCAUUGCGCCAGGAGGUUUCUUUGAUGCGAACUGGUUCACGGAAUUCAUCAAGGAAACACCCGAGUCUCUUCAAGUGGUCUCCCACCAUAUUUAUAGCCUUGGUCCAGGUGUUGAUGAUCACCUUAUUGACAGGAUCCUAGAUCCAUCUAGUCUUGACAGCGUAUCGCAGACCUUUGGUAGCCUUCGGAGCAUUCUGAAGAGUAGUGGGACUCGAGCAGUUGCAUGGGUUGGAGAAGCAGGCGGGGCUUAUAAUAGCGGCCAUCAUCUUGUCACUGAUGCAUUUGUUUUUAGUUUCUGGUACUUGGACCAGCUCGGAAUGGCAUCAUCUUUUGACACCAAAACAUAUUGUAGACAAUCAUUAGUUGGUGGAAACUAUGGCCUACUCGACGCUUCCACAUUGGUUCCAAAUCCUGAUUACUACAGUGCCCUUCUUUGGCAUCGUUUGAUGGGAAGGAAUGUUCUAUCCACAAACUUCUCCGGAACAAAUAAUAUCCGAGCUUAUGCUCACUGCUCAAAGAAAAAGCAAGGAAUCACAUUGCUCCUGAUCAACCUAGACAGUAACGCUACAGUUCAAGUGCACGUUUCAACAGAAAAUGCUACCAGCCUCAGCACUUCGACUACACAAGAAAAUCAAACUCCAAGGACUAGGCUUGCUACAAUGUCUCGAGGGUCUAAAAUUAGUAAUAUUACAAGAGAAGAAUACCACCUGACAGCCAAGGAUGGGGAUUUACACAGCCAAACAAUGCUUCUUAAUGGAAAAAUACUUGCUGUAAAUUCCUCGGGGGAUAUUCCAUUCUUGGAACCAAUCACUGUAAACCAAUCAGAACCAAUAACUGUAGCUCCUUUCUCUAUUGUAUUUGCUCAAAUACCUUAUAUUAUUUUCUCUGUAUGUAAUUAGGUGAAGAGAUGAAAUUGACUAAUAAUACCACUUUCAGGAAAAAAGAUCCCAUAUGUUAGUGCAAUUUGUUUUCUUUAUCCUAUGCUAUAAGAUGGAGUAACGAAA